GAAUUUCUUUAUCACAUUUUUGGCUUUGUAUUAUUACUCGCGGCCUCAAUAACGCUGGUAACGAGCAUCAACAGAUAUUCGAGGGCGUACGAGUUACUAUUAGGCGCUGCUAUUUGCGGCAUGAUAAACGCUGCUUUGUACUUACUCAGCGCAUUGAUCGCUCAUCGUGGCAGAACUAUCUAAGCGAUUCACUGUGUGAUUUCCUGAAUUAUACGGUUUCUUCGAAGGUGGGAAGG